AUGUGUUGGAAGCCGAGCGACGACGUUUUUAAAUUCACCAUUAAAUUCGAUUUACCAACGAAUAUCACCAAACGUUCGGUAUUGUCCACCACCGCACGUCUUUUUGAUCCAAUGGGAUUCAUUGCACCAAUGAUCGUCGCAGCAAAAAUGAUUCUCAAACGAAUUUGGAAUUUUCGCCACGAAACAUCAGCCGAUGAAAACGACGAGAGAUCAAAAUUGAGCUGGGAUGAACCAGUUCCUGAGCCGCUCUGUUCACAGUGGCGACAAUUCAUCAGCGAAUUACCAUCGAUUAAUAAAAUCUCCAUCCCGCGUUGGAUAAGUUAUUCACCGAAUCAAUUAAUUCAGUUGCAUGUAUUUUGUGAUGGAUCAUCGAGCGCUUAUGCAGCGAAUGUUUAUAUUCGUCUUCAAGCCGAAGGCGAACGGGUUCAUACGCACUUGAUUAUAGCCAAAAGCAAAAUUACACCAACAAAACCGCUCACAAUUCCUCGGACGGAACUUUGCGGCGCGGAAUUAGCAACGAGAUUGGCUGCUUGGGUGAAGAAAAAUCUCCGCAUUGACUUCAAUCACGUACCGAUUUACUUUUGGGGUGAUGCCACAAUCGUUUUGCAUUGGAUACACGGCGAUAUCACUCGAUGGAAAACAUACAUUGCAAACCGGGUGAGUAAAAUUCUAUCGAUCUCAUCCACUAGUAUGUGGAAUCAUGUAGAUACAAAGGACAACCCAGUUGAUUGUGCCACUCGAGGUUUGACGCCAUCCGAAUUGGCGACGUUUGAUUUGUGGUGGAAAGGACCGACUUGGCUCACUCAAUCACCCGACGUAUGGCCGAAGUUCAACAACAAAGAGCACAAGUUCGAUGAUGUCACACUCGAAGCCAAAACAAAUACCGUUCAUGUGCACGUUACCAUACCCACUGAAUCGGUUGUAUUCCACUAUUCAUCGCUAAUUACCUUGAUUCGUGUCGUCGCAUGGGUUUUUCGUUUUCGGCACAACAGUCAAAAGAUUAAUCGAAACAAUCGACGAUGCGGUUUAUUGUCGGUCAUCGAAAUGAACCACAGCCGAUUAAAAUUAGUGCAGUUAGUUCAACGUGAAGCAUUCGGCAAAGAAAUUCACACCAUUCAAGCGAACUGUUCAAGAACAUAUUGUUAA